AUGACCACAGCCACGUAUUCUGAAUUGUUCUUAACGUCGUUCGCUUCUGCGUCGAUGAUUGCGGACGGGUUGAGAGGUUUCUGGGACAAAAGCUCUUUCAAAGUAAUAGCAGGCACUGAUUCGAGGCCCUGGGGGCUGGCGGGAGGUUGCGAAGACACGGUUAUGGGAAUGUUCACUUAG